CCGAGAACCGGCAUUUCGCUCGGCUCAAUGUGGGUCUGCGGUCCUGCUUCUCCACCGACCCGCCCCUGACCUGCUCGCCGCCUGCUCGCCGACCUUCAUCUGCUUGCCCCUCAUCUCCUCACCAGCCAGUCCACCAGCCAAUCCGUCCACCAUGAGCCAGCAAUACUGCGUCAACGAGCUCUGUGUCCAAGGCAGCCAGCAGAACAACUAUACCUGCGCUGUCCCCAUCAGCUCGCUCACCGCCGGCAACUGCAACAGCGUGUCGGCCAGCCAACUUACGUAUAUCAAGACCUUCCUGACCUCGGACUCGCAGCACCAGUUGCUAGCUCGGAUGUGCUGCGGUCUCAAUGGCUGCCAAGCUUCCAACCAAGCCAUCAACCCGUGCUCCACCACAGACUCCAACUAUGCCUGCGUCACCGGAAUCGUCGUUAACCAGCCUUACGUCGCCUGUCGUGACUUAUUCUUCGGUGAUGGCAGCAAUUUCUGCACCUUUUCAUUCCCGGGGACUUGGACUCCCACGGCAUGCGCAAGCCCUUCGGCUGCCGCCCCCAUCCCAACAUCGGGCGCCGCGGUGGCCACUGCGCCUGCCUCUGGGCCGGCCUCUGUAUCGGCUUCUGCGCCGGCCCCAGGGUCUUCUUCAGCCCCAAGCAGCAGCAACAACGGCGGGUUGCCGAUUGCUGCGAUUGCCGGAGGUGUUGCGGGUGUUGUCGUCGUUGUUGCUGCCAUCGUCGGCGUCAUCUGGUUCCGCCGCUCCAAAAAGCCUGCCAAUACGACGCCGCCUGCGCAGAGGCCUUCCAUGAACAAUCCGUCCAUGAUCGAGCUCGUUCCUGCUCAAAACUCCAACCCUUACCUUCAUCAGGGUGCCCCCAACACCAUGUCUGAGUAUACGAAGGGCACAUAUGCUCCUGCUGUCGCCAACCAGUCUCCCGGCUAUGCCACCAACAGAUACGAGCCUGCUGCCUAUCAGAGCAGCGCUCCUGUCUCGCAGCCGACCGCCUACUAUGCUCCUUCCACGGGCUAUUCCGACAGUGGCGCUCCCAACCCCUCUGUCUAUGCCCCCAGUACUUCGAAGCACUCGGCUUAUCGAGUUCCCACCCAGACCCAAGCCUACAGCCAAGCCCCUAGCCAGACCUACAGCCAAGCCCCUAGCCAGACCUACAGCCAGCAGCAGCCUGGCUCCUCCAAUGCUGCGGCCUCCGUCAAGUACGUCGCCAUCGCCUCCAUCGAUACAAAGAACCCCCAGCAGAUCAGUCUGAGUCUCGGCGACACCAUCUUGGUCCAGCCACCGUUUGUUAACGGAUUUGCCCAGGGUUUCAACCAGCGCACAGGUCGCUCUGGCUUCGUCUCCGAGAACUGUCUCCGCGCCGUGGAUGUCGCUCCUCAGGCAACACACGACGACGGCCUCCCCAGCUAUGUUCGCUGAAACCCGCUGGCUCGCCAAGCUUGCACAAUCCCUCCAAUGCUGCUUCCUCCACCUCGUCGGGUUAUCCUCUUGUAGUCUUUACUCUGCUCUCGCUCUUGUUGUCCCAAUGUCUUGAUGUCUCGAUGUCUCGUUGUCUAGUUAUCUAGUUAUCUCGAUGUCUCGAUGUCUCCUCAUUGUGACAUCAUGCCACACCCCAUAGUUUGCCGAGACAUGCUCUUGUCGUGCUCGUUUCUUUGAUUGAUACUUCUUGUUCUCAUGACGCUGUCAACUUCGGUCUUGCCUGUCGCCGCCUGGUCCGGCACAUGCUGUUUCUUAUCCAACCUGCCCAAGACACAAUGGAAAUAUAAUUGCAUCGAUUGGGGUUGA